AAUCCCUCAAAUCACGAAAGGAUAAAGUGAACCUCUGGCUGUGGGCAAUGGCCUCAACCAUUCUGCCAUCAAUCAAUAACGUUCACCUUGUUUCCAUUAACGCUCAUCACAACUCUGCAACUGUCGUCAAGUGGGGAUGGAGAAGAGAGCAAGAUGGAAGCAUAGUUACCAAUAGAACCCGGGGUCAUGCAUUUCAAGUCCUGGCAAAUCCCAAUGUAUCUUCAGGAAAGGCAGGUUCAAAUAAUGAUGUGAUCAUGGUUGAUCCUGUGGAAGCCAAGCGAUUGGCUGCCAAACAAAUGGAAAGAAUUAAAGCAAAAGAGAAACUCCAGAGAAGACGUCAAAUUGAGGCCAUUAAUGGAGCAUGGGCAAUGAUUGGUCUCACGGCAGGCCUAGUUAUUGAAGGUCAAACUGGAAAAAGUAUUCUGACUCAGCUUGAAGACUACUUUGGUGCAGUUAUUAACUUUUUUGUGCGGUAGAGUUCUUCCAAGAGGUUCAUGAAUACAUAUUAAGAACUGCAGAUUCUUUCUCACAUUCUUUGUAAUUAUAUCCGUUAAAAUUUUACCGUUAAGGUUUUUUCUUCACAUACCAAGCCAUACAAUUUCCACUACUCAGUUUUCCUUGUUACCUGUUAAUGCUACAUAUGUAACAUGAUUUUACAAAAUAAUUGAGCAGCUAUCCAAUUGAUAUAGUUUGA